AUGGCGGCGCCGCCCAAGAAGAUCCUGUUCCUCAGUAAUGCCGAGUUUGGCGAGCUCACGGUGGUGCUGGCGACGUGCGAUGCGCUGAUGCACGCCGCCCCGGCCGUCCAGCUGCACGUGGCCACAUAUGGCGGCCAGCCCGAGCGAGCCGUUGCGGCCACGUCGGACUACGCCCGCCGCACCAGUCCCGCAGCCGCCCCCAUUGUGUUCCACCAGGUCUCGGGCCCGUCGUAUGUCGACGAGAUAUUCCGCCGCUUCGGGAGCAUCCCCCCGUCCUUCGGCCUGCCGCCGAGCUUUUGGAACACGCUCAAGUUCAUCGGCGACAUGCCCUACGCGCUCCUGCCCUGGGGCCCCGACGAGUUCGUCGUGAGCCUGGACUCGUGCUUGCGCAUCAUCGACGAGGUAAAGCCCGACCUCAUCGGCGUGAACAGCCUCUUCGCGCCGGGCCUGACGGCCGCCCGUCACGUGGGCGCCCACUUCAUCGUCCUGGCCCCCGGCUCCAUCAAGGAUUAUGCUCUCUCCAAGCAGCCCCGGGGCGGCGCCUUCUGGAAAUACCCAAUUGCUGGGACGGCUUUCGCCUGUCCCGUCCCAUGGCACCAAAAACCGAUGAACGUGUGCUUCAUGAUUUUCAUCGUCUACAUUUUGGUCACCAACAAGCACCUUAAAAGUACGGCCAGUGCCAUUAAGGCCAAAAACAACGCCGAACUUGUGACCAUAGGUUCCUUGGCGUUUGGCUCCUCGGACUGCAAGCUCCUGGUUAGCGGCAGUGCCGAGCUAGACUUCCCAAUGAUGGUUCCCGACUUUUUGGUGCCGUGCGGGCCUAUCGUUCGGCCUGUCCCAUCGGUGGCCGAUGUCGACCCCGAUCUCGAUGCAUGGCUUGCCAGCGGCCCCGUUGUGUACAUUUCACUCGGGACGCACGCUCUGACUACCGAGGACCUGGCGGUCGAGAUGGCCAAGGCCGUCCGGGUACUUCUCGACAGCGCCGAGUCGAGCGAGGUCAAGUCCGACCUCCGGGUGCUCUGGAAGCUCAAGAAAAAGGGAAGCUAUAACGCGAACAGUCCCGGCAGCAAGGUCCAUGCUAUAUUGGGCAAGGAGAUGGCCUCGGACAGAAUCCGCAUCGUAGACUGGGUGACGGCCGAGCCCAUGGCAAUCCUGCAGUCCGGGCACGUAGUGUGCAGUGUUAACCACGGGGGCGCAAAUUCCUUCUACGAAUCCGUCACCACGGGCACACCGCAGGUGGUUCUGCCGCAGUGGGCCGACUGCUAUGAAUAUGCAUACCGGGCAGAGAUGCUAGGUAUCGGCCGCUGGGGCAGCAAGUCGAUGAAGCCCCAGUGGUCCGCCGAAGAGCUCGGCCCCACGCUUAUUGAGGUCGUGAUAGGGAAAAGACGCGACGCAUAUCGACGUACCGCCCAGAGACUUUCCGAGAGAUUUGGUGUCAGUGCAGGACGCGCCAAAGCCGCUAAGAUUAUUCUAGAAUCAAUGGGCAGCAGUACAUAGACUAUAGACCAAAGGCCUAGCUAGACUGAGCUCUGGCUCUGAAGCCACUCCGAGAAUUGCUAUUGACGCUGGUGACAUUAUCCUGUAGGGUGUUCAAUCGACGAGUAGAGAAAGGAUGUCUCUGGGUGCGAUAGGGAGGAAAGACUUUAGCUGCUAAAAUGCAGGUUCCACAAAGGACUUUUAUGAACCAAAAGCAAUGCAAGUCUCAGGAUAGUGCCCUAAACAAUACAACCGUUUUGUGAGAAUUGAUACGGGAAAUGCAAC